UAUAUACACAAUUGAAAACUAUUUAAUAAAUCGCAGGAAAAUAAUUUAACCAGUGAACUUGUGGCGCAGAUGAACCAUUUUCGUCCUUGUAUUAUCCAUCCCUGAAUCAUCUGUAUAAUUCGGAACCAGUUAUCGUCGAACCAUCUGCGAAGGAGUUUUAUGGAGCGAGCUUUUGAAACUCUGUUCUGACUUCUGAGUAAUUGUGAGAUGUUUCAUCAGGUUAAUUUGUCAUGGGAAACAAAUUUGUCAGGGGAGACAAAGCGGCGAAGCAAGAAAAGAAUGACAUAAUAUUACUCAAAAUUGUUCCUCCUGUGGACCAGACAUAUGUUAAAUGGCUUGCCAAAGACCUUGCAAGAAUUCACAGCUUUACUCCCAAACGUGCUCGCCCAGUGCAGCCGCCAGAUCAUUAUGUAGAAUAUAUGAAGUUGAAUGGAUGGCUGGAUGUGGAUUUGGAUGAUCCUGAUCUUGCUCAUUUGUUCAAGUAGACGAUUUCUGUAUGACACAGACAAUUAGCGUGAUUUUAUAGCCGCAUUAAGAUAAUAUUAAAUUGUUCAGUGAGCAAGAGAAGGUAGGCAUGUUGUGGCUUUUGUUUGACUAAGAAAUUCUUGUAGAUGGUCGUAUUCCGAAACACUAAUGUUGAUCACAACUCACCAGUGGACGAAGAAACAUGCUAUAUUGUAUGCAAUAGAAUUUUUUGUUCAAUCAUGUUCUGUUCUUAAUAUCAUGUGUGCUGGCAAUGUGGUUUGUCACAUUAGGAAGUUUAUCAACAUUUGUAAUGAUGUGAACAUAUUCUCUUCUUUGAGUGAGUUCUUAAAAUUUUGCCAUUGCAA